ACCAUGUCCAUUCUCAAGAUUCAUGCCAGAGAGAUUUUUGACUCCCGUGGAAACCCCACUGUUGAGGUUGAUCUUUAUACUGCAAAAGGUCUCUUCAGAGCUGCUGUGCCCAGUGGUGCCUCUACUGGUAUCUAUGAGGCCCUGGAGCUCCGGGACAAUGAUAAGACCCGCUAUCUGGGGAAAGGUGUCUCAAAGGCUGUUGAGCACAUCAAUAAAACUAUUGCGCCUGCCCUGGUUAGCAAGAAGCUGAACGUUGUGGAACAGGAGAAAAUCGAUAAACUGAUGAUAGAGAUGGACGGAACUGAGAACAAGUCGAAAUUUGGGGCCAAUGCCAUUCUGGGUGUGUCCCUUGCUGUCUGCAAGGCUGGAGCUGUUGAGAAGGGGGUCCCCCUGUACCGGCACAUUGCUGACUUGGCUGGCAAUUCUGAAGUCAUCCUGCCAGUGCCCGCUUUCAACGUGAUCAACGGUGGCUCUCAUGCUGGCAAUAAGCUAGCCAUGCAGGAGUUCAUGAUCCUCCCAGUCGGAGCAUCAAACUUCAAGGAAGCCAUGCGCAUCGGAGCCGAGGUUUACCACAACCUGAAGAAUGUCAUCAAGGAGAAAUAUGGAAAGGAUGCUACCAACGUGGGGGAUGAAGGCGGGUUUGCCCCUAAUAUCCUGGAGAACAAAGAAGCCCUGGAGCUGCUUAAGAAUGCAAUUGGAAAAGCUGGUUACACUGACAAGGUGGUGAUCGGCAUGGAUGUAGCUGCCUCAGAGUUCUUCCGGUCUGGAAAGUAUGACUUGGACUUCAAGUCUCCUGAUGACCCCAGCAGGUACAUCUCACCUGACCAGCUGGCAGACCUGUACAAGUCUUUCAUCAAGGACUACCCAGUGGUGUCCAUCGAGGACCCCUUUGACCAGGAUGACUGGGAUGCUUGGACGAAGUUCACCUCCACUUCAGGGAUCCAGGUGGUAGGGGACGAUCUCACAGUGACCAACCCAAAGCGAAUUGCCAAGGCCGUGAGCGGGAAGUCAUGCAACUGCCUCCUGCUCAAAGUGAACCAGAUUGGCUCUGUGACUGAGUCUCUUCAGGCGUGCAAACUGGCCCAGUCCAAUGGGUGGGGCGUCAUGGUGUCUCAUCGUUCUGGAGAGACUGAGGAUACUUUCAUUGCCGACCUGGUUGUGGGGCUCUGCACUGGACAGAUCAAGACUGGUGCACCAUGCCGAUCUGAGCGCUUGGCCAAGUACAACCAGAUCCUCAGAAUUGAAGAGGAGCUGGGCAGCAAGGCUAAGUUUGCCGGCCAGAAGUUCAGAAACCCCUUCGCCAACUAA